AUGACUACAAUUUUACAGUAUCUUCAUAACCCAGAAGAAUAUUUCAAAGAAAUUGCAGAGACACGCCAAGAUAACCAUCCAGAGUUUCCUAAAAUGAGUUGUGAUGAAAUGAUUACGUCAAUUACUGAACUUAUUCAUCGAUUGAAAGAACAGACUCUCAACUCUCUACAAAACAGGAGUGCGAUGAGCUCACCCGCUGCCGCUUAUGCUUCUGGUGAAAAGGAAACAAGUGAAGAUGACACAGGUACUAAUAGCAGUACUUCAUCAGUGAUGGGGAAGGAACUUAAUAAAUCAAUAGAAAAAUCUAUGACCAAAAAGCAAAACAGAUCCCAGAUCGGCGAGGAAGAAGAAGAUAACAUUCAAACAUUAAUUCGAAUUGAAAUGACAUUGUAUGAAAAUGGAGGUACGGGAGGUAGGUUUUCGAUGCAGCUUACAAUUAAUUCUUAA